AUGCUCAAUACAAUCAUAGGAGAGAUUCUCUACACAGGCACCAAUAGUGUCGAUCACGGUACAGGACACGAACACCAAAUACACAUGUUGCCUCUAUCACCACAGGAUGACCCCUAUGUAGGGUCCAACAAUAUCGACUACGGAGUGGACGAGGAAACGGGCGAGAAGAUACGACUGCCGGAUCACAAGGCCCUAAACCCCACACGCGCAGGUGCAGACCUGCCCUAUACGGCCGAAGGGAUUACAUUGGUCCUGGGACGCCGAACGCAUCAGGACAUACCAGAGUGUGAUACUAGAACAGAGUGCGUGUUUGAGAAGGUGAGUCCAAACCAGGUUUUAAUCUCUUUGUUAGGCGUGAGAUAA